UCGGGCCCGGCGGCCUCGGGAGCCCGACCGGCCGCUGAGCAGCGGGUGCCGCGAUGGCCGAGGGCAGCGCCGUGUCGGACCCUCAGCACGCCGCACGCCUGCUGCGAGCGCUCAGCUCUUUCCGCGAGGAGUCCCGCUUCUGCGACGCGCACCUGGUCCUCGACGGGGAGGAGAUCCCGGUGCAGAAGAACAUCCUGGCGGCGGCCAGCCCGUACAUCAGGACAAAGUUAAACUAUAAUCCUCCAAAAGAUGAUGGAUCCACUUAUAAGAUUGAACUGGAAGGGAUAUCGGUGAUGGUCAUGAGAGAGAUCCUGGAUUACAUCUUCAGUGGGCAGAUCAGGCUGAACGAAGACACAAUCCAGGAUGUUGUGCAGGCAGCAGACCUGCUGCUGCUGACGGACCUGAAGACCCUGUGCUGUGAGUUCUUGGAAGGCUGCAUCGCUGCCGAGAACUGCAUCGGCAUCCGAGACUUUGCCCUGCACUACUGCCUGCACCACGUCCAUUACCUCGCCACAGAGUACCUGGAGACUCACUUCCGGGACGUCAGCAGCACAGAAGAGUUCCUGGAGCUGAGUCCUCAGAAGCUCAAAGAAGUGAUUUCUCUUGAGAAGUUGAAUGUGGGCAAUGAAAGAUACGUGUUUGAAGCAGUGAUUCGGUGGAUAGCCCAUGACACAGAAAUAAGAAAGGUCCACAUGAAGGAUGUCAUGUCAGCACUCUGGGUUUCAGGCCUGGACUCUAGUUAUUUACGGGAACAGAUGCUGAAUGAACCAUUAGUACGAGAAAUUGUCAAAGAGUGCAGCAAUAUUCCGCUCAGCCAGCCGCAGCAGGGAGAGGCAAUGCUGGCCAACUUCAAGCCCCGGGGUUACUCAGAGUGCAUCGUGACUGUGGGCGGGGAGGAAAGAGUUUCCCGGAAACCAACGGCCGCGAUGCGAUGCAUGUGUCCUCUUUAUGACCCUAACAGGCAGCUUUGGAUUGAACUGGCACCUUUGAGCAUGCCGAGAAUUAACCACGGAGUUCUCUCAGCAGAGGGAUUUUUGUUUGUGUUCGGGGGCCAAGAUGAAAAUAAGCAGACCCUGAGCUCAGGAGAAAAGUACGACCCAGACGCAAAUACGUGGACUGCAUUGCCACCCAUGAAUGAGGCAAGACACAACUUUGGAAUUGUGGAGAUUGAUGGGAUGCUGUACAUUCUGGGAGGGGAGGACGGUGAGAAGGAGCUGAUUUCCAUGGAGUGCUACGACAUUUACUCUAAAACCUGGACGAAGCAACCUGAUUUGACCAUGGUUAGGAAGAUUGGCUGCUAUGCAGCUAUGAAAAAGAAAAUCUAUGCCAUGGGUGGAGGAUCAUAUGGAAAACUGUUUGAAUCUGUGGAAUGCUAUGACCCGAGGACCCAGCAGUGGACUGCUAUAUGUCCACUGAAAGAGAGGAGGUUUGGAGCCGUGGCCUGUGGAGUCGCCAUGGAGCUGUACGUGUUUGGGGGAGUCCGAAGUCGUGAGGACAUCCAGGGUGGUGAGAUGGUCACCUGCAAAUCCGAGUUCUACCAUGAUGAGUUUAAAAGGUGGAUCUAUCUUAAUGACCAGAAUUUGUGCAUCCCUGCCAGCUCCUCUUUUGUCUACGGAGCUGUACCCAUAGGAGCCAGUAUCUAUGUUAUCGGAGAUCUUGAUACAGGUACCAACUACGACUAUGUGCGUGAGUUUAAAAGAAGCACGGGGACCUGGCACCACACGAAGCCGCUCCUUCCAUCUGACCUUCGCCGCACAGGGUGCGCGGCCUUACGUAUUGCAAAUUGCAAGCUUUUCCGCCUGCAGCUUCAGCAAGGCUUAUUCCGAAUUCGUGUUCAUUCACCUUGAGGAGGAUGCAGAGCAGAAAGCAAGGUCCUGCCCCGAGCGCACCAUCACAUAGCUGGACGGAAAGGGGAGCAGAGAUGCAGCUAAACUUGCUCUGUGUGCUGGGCUGCGGUAUGGUAACUCCGCGGGGGUCUUAUAGUGCUUAGGAGCUUGAGCUUCUGCUCUUGUUUGGAGACCGUGUCACUGCUGAAAGACUGCCUGGGAGGAAUCAGCUCCUCCGAGGAGGUGUGUCCGUAAACCGUGGAGCUAGUGAAUUAUAUCAAAAGGAAAAGGGAGUGGGAAUUGGUAUGAUGUAAAGUAUCCAAGUUAAAACACUAAGGUACGUUUUCCCUGAAGGGAACUCCUGUCUGACUGCUGUAUUCAGCACGUGGCUUUGGUAAACAAACAGAAAAUCCGUAUAUGCAAAUCAACACAUCCAAAAGCAUACCAAGAUUGCUUUUCUACCGCACUUGGAAGGAUAUAUUAUGCCUAACCCUGUCCAGUGAAUUUGUGCCUAAAAUGUUAGAUUGGACUCAAUGCCAGUUAGUCUCCAUUUAUUACUAGUGCUCUGUCCUAAGAAUCUUUUUAAGACUGUAUUAUGAUGAAUUGAAACUGAGAUAAAAUUUCUCUCUCAUGAUGUUUUGUCUUAGUUGUGUAAAGAUCCAGUAAAUUGAUUAGUCAGGUCACAGCUCUUGUGUGAACUUCAAGGAAGUUGCUAACUUCUCUCAUUUUAGAUUAAGAUAUGUCAUGCCAUAAUUUCUGGGGUAGUACUUUCAGAGUUGUGAAGGAUCUCAUGCAGUGCCAUUCUUCCUUUCCAAUCGAUCAAACCAUUUUAUAACUAUAAGGAUAGGAGAUUUUAUAAAGGAAAGAUCUGAGUCAGAUAAAUAUUAAAGGGUCUGCUAUGACUUUAAAAAAAACUGUUCAGAUAAAAUACAUAGGGAUCAAAACCUUUUUAAUAUAAUCCGUCUGAAAGCACACAAAGUCUUGUUUACUACUGUUUAGAAUUUGAAAAUGUGUCUUAGAAUGCAAAUCUGUGUUGAGAAUCUGGUCUUUGUAGUAGAGUAUUCCCAAUGCCGUUCACUGGUAAGAGUUUUAGACAAAUUAUGCUAUGCGUAACGUUUGGCUGGUAGACUAAACUACCUCAACUUAAUUUCAUUCUGUUCAUAGUAGGCCAAUUACUCUUUUUCCUCUUUCCCUCCUUUCCUAUCACUCAUUCCCACCUCCACCCACUCCACCCCACUUCCCAGAGAAGAGUUCUUUCAUUAGUGGAACUUACCUCGUAAGAUAUUUUGUUUUCCAUUCAAAUUAUACCACCUUGGUGUGAAAUCAGGGACUUCAAAGUGUUUGAUUACUUCAUAGUUCAAAUUUUAUGCAAUAUCAAAUUUCUUAUCGAUUUAAUAUAGAGUACUUCAUUUCUAAUUGUUUUCUAUAACUUUUUUUCUCUUAGAAUAUGGCUCUAAGCAGUAGCAUUUUGUCUUAAUAAUUAUUAAAUGUAUAAAUACAUCCUUUGGUUAUAGAUUUGAGAACAGGAAUAUCUUCCAUGUGGGGAAUGUUUGUAUGCAGUUAACAUGCAUAUGAAACAUCGCUUGUAUGUUCCCACCCAUGGACAGGAAAAAGGGUGAACUCUCUGCAGGUUUUUUUACACCUGCUGGAAGUAAGUUAACACAAAAGUCAUUACCUAGGGCCAGGCUUGGGGUCCUGAAGGAUGUUAGUGCGGCACCUUAACUCCCAGGUGUGUCCAGGAGGUGCCAGGGAGGAGGAGGCAUAGCAUUUUUAUCUUGUGCACCAGAGGCACAGGCCAGGUGUGCCGCGGUCUGCAUCCUGGCAAAGGCAGCGUCAGUGCCAGGCCUGGGAUUGUAGUGUGUGUCAGCCCGCUGUUGUCCACACGUUCCCAUGCUAUGUGGCCACUGCAGAGAAAGAGCACUUUCUUUUUACAAUUAGAUACUAGUUUUGGAGGAAACAAUUUACUGAGAAAGUGGACGUGCUUUGGUGGACUCUUGCAUUCAGAAGCUGCAGUUGGCACGUUCCAGGGUCCUGACCUGUGUCACAGCCUUGGUGGGCAGCAGUGCUCUUUUUCCAAUUCCUGAAGUUUAAAAUCCUUCCCAGUCUACGUCAGGCCUCUCCAAGAAGACAAUGCGUUAUUUAGGAAUGAGUGAGUCCUAUCGCGAUGUUAUCAGUGCCUGCAUGACUUGGUCAAUUCACUUUAAAAAAGUUUUUUUUUUGUUUGUUUGUUUUUUUAAUUUAGUUCUUUGACACUGUAGCUGCAGAAAUUAGAUAAUGUUUUAUAAAAUAAAUUUGCCAUUUAAUAUGGGAUGCAAUAACAAACAGAAGCUGCUAAGUGCCAAAUUAUUCCUUUAGUGUACAUAGAUACAGUACUAUCGUAUUAAAGCAUAGGGCUGUGUUGAAUUUUAUUAUGUUCCAAAAUUAAUCUUGACUUUUUUGUAAAUUACACUUAGUCUUGUAAAUUAUAACUCAUUUCAUGCAGGUUUGUGUUUUAGCAUUCCACUUAUGCCUUGAAACUUUGUUUCUUGAUACAUUUGGGGUGGUUCUUUCUCUUCAAGGCACUUUGACCAGGUGUGUGUUGCCUUUGGCAGCUGAGGAUAAUCUUACAAUUUUAAACACAAUAUCUUCGGGGAAGUGCAAUUUGUUUUCCUCAUCCCACCACAGAGGGAGGCUGACCUGGGUUAGAGGAAGUGGACAUUUAAAGAAGCUCCCCUUGACUGCAGUCUACAGUAGGUUUGUUUGUUUGUUUGUUUGUUUGUUUAACACAUCCAAACUUGGGUCUUUCAAAGAUUCAAGUGUUUAAUUUAAAAUGAAGUGUUUGCUUUUUUGAGUGCUUGUAUCCUAUGAGAGGAGAAAGUGUGGUGGAGACAAGCGCAUGAGCAGUGUGUGCACCGUUGUGUACGCUGGGCCACGUGGCUUGUGGGUCUGUGUGUAUGUUUACUUUUUGAAUUGUGGUUCCAAACUACAAUACAUUACUGUCUCCUGGUGCUUCAGAUAAAUUCUUGAGCCUGUUGACCCUUACUUAGUAUAUUCUACUGUGUUAGAUUCAUGUUGACUGUAAAUAUGGAAUUAUUUGUAGUGUGAAAUAAGUUUUACUUGGUGUUUGCAUUUCUCUUCUGUGGCAGGAUCAAAAGCAGUGUUUACCACCCAGGGGUUGGUUUGCUGUAAAGAUUUGGCCUAAGAAAUUUGGCUUGGUAUUUCACUGGUAUGAGGAGUUGGUAACCCCCGUGGGGUGUGCUGAGCAGCGUGUAGUGUGUUGAAGAGGUCUCUACGCUGCACUGUCACUAUACUAAUGGUACCUCCUUUGUCGAUGGUUUGGAAGUGUGAUUUUUAUGAUUUGUAAGUUGGGGAGAUUCCCUAGGCCACCCAUAGGAACUGCAAUCUUUGUCUAAAUGUGGCAAGGAUAGCACUGAGCUCCGGCAGCUCAGUUGCUCAGGGGCAGUGAGGUAGGUUUCCACGGAAGAGCCCAGCUACCUUGGUCCAUUCAUCUUCCUACCCAGUCUGCCAAACCAGAGACUCCCAGAAGUUUCCCAAGGAGAGAAGAACCCAGCCUGUUAGCUUCCAGGAUGCCCACUUUCCUAAUGAGAGGUUCCUUGGUCACAUGAGGACAUUUGAUUGUCUGGGGGAAAAUGAGGUGGCUCUUCCACUGUAAGGGCAGAAAGGCACUGAAACCCCCAGUUAACUGCCCUGGGGAGAGACAGGCGAGGCUGCUCUCCAGGGCUGCCCCAGAGCCACAGAGACCCUGAGGACAGCAGUGACAGAUGGGUCAAGAGUAGCAGAGCCUGCCCCUGGGCCAGUGGACAGAUGCUCACUGAGCACCUGCCAAGGACUGAGCUGCACCUGGGAGCUUAACCACGAGGCAGACAUCAUGCCGUGCUCCCUCUCCAGCUGCUGAAUGUGAACUGCAUGAGGACCCUUUGUCAUCUGCUGAUCUCAGUACGUGCCACAUAGUAGGUAGUCAGUAAAUGUUUGACAAAUUAAUAUUAUCCUUGUAACCAAAGUGAUGCUCUUCACCACACUGGUAAGUGACUUCCCUGGAUUUUAAAUGAGGAGUUUUGUGCACAGACAGGCUAACCUUCUGAGGCGCCGGGGAAACUAAUGCAGAAUAAAAAAUGCAAAGUGCCUGAUGCGGGUGCACAGCCUGUGUCUCUGUGGUCUGUAGGGUUUUUGAGACCCUAGGCCCAGCACGCCUGACGUUCAUCAUGGUUAGUGUUAAGUUUUAUUUAUUGCUUUUUAUAAUGGCACCAAAAUCUUUUCCAGAACAUACUACUUUGCUCCUCGGAUCUCUGUCAUGGGUAAAGUGUGGCUUCAUUUCUCACUUCAGGUCGGAGCAGGAACCAAGGCAGAAGCCAGGGUGUGGGUUAGCAGUUCACUACUCAGCCUAGUAGACUAUUGCUUGAUUUUCUGGGCUUGCAGAUGUGUUUGAUCACGUGUAGUACACUGUAAACUCCCAGACAGUCCUUUGCAAGUGACUCAGGUGUGAGCUGAAAGAUCUUUGGUUUCCUUGUCACCUAGAAGUAAGAAGCAUAGGAACUCACCAGGUUCAGGACACAGAGGUCACGUCUGAGAGAGGCAGGGUGACCUGUGAAGAGCCAAAGCUUCCUGAACUUCCCUCUUACCCCAGAUGCUCAGGCAGGGGAAAGAAUCUCUAAGAAUGUUGAGGAAAGUGUUUUGCUAGCUUUUAGUAAUCCCUGAAGUAUUCUCUACAGCUUUUUUAGAAAUUAUAGGUGUUCAUUUUAAGUCUAUCGCAGCAUCAUCUUGUUUCUAAUAGCUCCAUCUAGGGACCCAUGAGGACUUCACUGACGCCUUAGCAUCCUGUGGUCCAAGGUACUCAGUGUAACAAAGUGUUUUGUCUGUUGUUUUUUUCAAUUCUAUCAUUGAAGUCCUUCAAGAGAUUAGACUAUAAAAUUCUCUUUCUCAUGAAAGAGAAAACUAUAAACUAUAUCAUGUAGUUAUUUAAUGAGGAAUGGUUGUCUUUUUUAAAAAAUAAAAACUAUUCUUUUUAAAUUGCUACUCAGCUGAAAUUUGGCCUAAUGAUAAAUUUUGAUACGGUUAUCCUCUUUAUUAAACCAAGUUGUUGAGUUUCCAUUUCUACAAACAUUUUGCCCAUAGCAAACCUGCAUUUUGCUUUUCCACAUCACUGUGAUUUGAAUUAGAGAAGGUGUGGGCAGAAGGGGCCACAUCCCAGACUCCGGUCACUGCCCACCUGGGUCAGAUGAAGUGGGCACCAUCACCAGCCAGAGGACUGAUGAAAGUGAAUAGCCACUUCACAUCACCUAGAUCCCAAGUACAUGUGGGUUCAUCUUUCUGUCGCUUGGUGAGUUAUUUACUCGGGCCUUAUUUUUAGCCCUUUAGUACAAAUAGCAGGUUCAGGUUCCUUACUUUUAUUGUUAUUACUCAAAAGAUACAAAGAGACAAACCUUAGAACUUGGAUUAGGUUUUUCCAGUCAUACAAUGCACUUCCUGUUUAAUUGGGUGAGAAUUACACGCAUCGAUUCCCGUUCUUUGUGUUCUCAGCUACCUCGCCUUGUGGUGUUGUGCUUGAUCCCCUGCCAGUUUAGAAGAUUCCACAUGUUCUGCCCUUUAGCAAAAGCCAGAAAGCGAGCAGUGAGUGGCCUCGGGGAGCAUGAUUCGCCAAGGCCUGUUUUCCAUUUUACUCCUUUUUUAAAAAUAGGCACUUUUAAUCAGGGGGAACAAUAAUUCUCCUAGAGCUACUGCAAGGUGAUUACUUGAAACUCGACUUGAACUUCAAAGAGUCUUUAAAAGGCUGUGUUUUCAUAUAGCAGAAAAGUAGUCUAUGUAAACUCCACUGCUGUGUAAAGCAGAGGGCUUGGUUUCCAUGCCUGUUAGGCUCAGAUAGGAAAACGUGUCCUUCUGUAACUGGACAUGCUGUCUGGAACCUAGGUACUAAGGCUGCUGUUUUUUAUUUCCUGUAAGGUGCUGCUGUUUCCCAAGUCUGUCUUUCCUUUAGUCCUGAUAACCCAGGAUUUUAAAAUGAAACUCUGGGGUGUUUCCCAAGUACAACCCCGUUGAGGUUGGCCAAACUAUAUAGAAUUGGGUUUUACUUAAAGUCACAAAUAAUCUGGUUUGUCCCAUGUGUUGGUUGAUCUCCCUCAACUUCCUCCUGUCUGUGCCUUCACACCAGUGUCUGUCACCUUACCUGCUUCCUAAGUCAGGAGGAAGGGGCUGGGGCUCAGCAGUUAUGGACAGACCCUCCCUUCCAGGAGAUAGUUCUCGUGGGAAGGAGCUAGUUAGGGCCAGUGGAAGGCUUCACUAACCCUUGGUGGCCAAGGUUAUGCCUAUUCCUGAAGCCUUGCAUACACAGAGUGACUUAAGCAACAGUAGAGUCUCUGUCCUUACCCUUGAGCAAGAUUUAAUUAGUAUGCCUGUGCUUCUCAGAGUCAGGGGCUUGCUCCCCAGGCAGAAUGGCAAAGCUCCUCCAGACACAGUGCAUGAGCCCUCUGCUGAUCUGCAGCAGACACACAAGAUGGUUCCUGUGAGUGGCCACAAGAACAGUCCGACUCUAUCUCUUUUAUUUUGCCCCAAACUCUCUUAUUUUAGUAAUUUUGAGGAAAUCUCAAACCUUUAAAUAUUUAAUCUAUGUAUUUUCCUGAGUAGUUCUACCAUGGAGGGUCCAUGACCUUGGGAAGCACUUUAGCCUGAGGCUCAGCUCCGUUUCUUACCUAUAGAAGUAGGAUGACCUGGGUACGCACCUGUAGAAGUGUGGAAGGAGAGUGCCUGCACGAGGUCAUGCCGAUUAACGGAAGGGAUGGUCCUUGCACACAUUGGUGGCAGCUGUCACUGCCCUAUUGAUUCUGUCAGCUAUCAACACAGGAAGUACCCAGAGGCACUGGGUGGGCAGGGGGCUGCUCAGUGCUGAAUAGCCCAGGCCUCAUGGCCUCCUUUAUUCCAGCGUCCACCACCAGAGGAGGUGAAAGUAAAUGUCUGCUGGGUGCCGUGGCGCAAACCUGUAAUCCCAGCAGCUCAGGAGGCUGAGGUAGGAGGAUCAAGAGUUCAAAGCCAGCCUCAGCAACUUAACAGGGGCCUAAGCAACUCGGCGAGAACCCAUCUCUACAUAAAAUACAAAAAAGGGCCGGGGAUAUAGUUCAGUGGUUAAGCACCCCUGGGUCCAAUCCCCAGCACCAAAAAAAAAAAAAAAAAAAAAAGUAUGUUUGUGUUUAUAAAAUUACCUCUUUCUGGACUUGUGCCCCCUCUGUCCUUCUUCAUCUCUGAUAUUUAUAUUCAGGAUAAUUCUAGAUACCUGAAACAUCCCACAAUAUGGGUUUAGAAUAUUUAGAGUUUUUAUAAAUAGCCUUCUGUUAAGAAUUUGCCUAAUGAAGUCCUCUAAUAGCACUUAACAUUUUUUACCAAAAUUGAAUUUUUCUUUUUUUUUUUUUUCAUUAAAAUAUCAAAGAUAGUGGUCUGUAUUAGUCAAACAAACUAGAUAUUUUCUAGAUCUUUGUUUGAAAUCAAUAGACCUAAACCAUGAUUUCUUAACUUGGAUGUUAUGUGAAACUUAAAAACAAGCAAACAAACCAACAAAUUUGUGAUGUGUGUGUGAGUGUGUAUGUGUGUGAGUGUGUGCACUUUUGUACCUUCAAAUAGAGAAGGUUAUUACCAAAAGUGAACUUCUUUAUGCUUUUAUAAUAUCCCUCCCUUCCAGUUCAGGUUCUGAGGCUGGUGGGUUUAGCAGUUGUGACGUGCCCAGCUGAUGGGGAUUUCAGUAAGACAUUCGGCAAGUUCUUGUUCUCUCUGUGACUAAGAUAAGGGAGUGGGAACCAGGCCAGCGAGGCUGAGGACCAGACCCCAAUAUUUUCAUUAGUAACUUUAUGUAAAAACAGAGCAGACAGAGCAAAGCGCAGGGAGGGAUCUGUGUUGGCUGUUCAGAUCCACAGUGCUCUCUACAGGGUAAGGCGAAAUAUUAAGUCUGGGUCUGGGUCCAGAAAACCUAGUGGCUGCCUGAAAAAGGGAGACCGUUGCAAGUGGGUUGUUGCCCAUUGGAACGUGGACCGGGUGCUCAGCACUUGUCUGUGUGUGGGAUGAGGCCGAGAAGGGGUCUGCCCACUGCUUCCCUCUGUGCUGCUUGCUCUGCCCAGAGUGCCCACUCCAGGUGCAGUCUGAGAGGAUGCCAGCAGGGCACAGAGGCAGCUGUGGCCAAAGCCUCUGAAGGCUUAGGAAGGAGCAGAUGUGCAUGUUCCAGAGGCUCCCUCAGACAGCAGCCAGACUCGGGGACAGAGUUCGUCACCUUUAGGGCUUUCAGGCAGAGCUGCCUCAGGCUCAGCUGGUGCCCUCUGCACCGUUGAGUGCUCUCUUCUGACACCCACGGUGGGUGGGGGGCCUGCAGCCACUCUGCAGGCAGAACAGUCUGGGCACUUCUACCUUGAGAACAAGAGCCCAGAGCAACUUGCGAGUGGAAGACUCUGCGGUCAUUUGUUCAGUUAAAACAGGAAGAAACAAUGUUCACAUGUGAGCUUGGUGGGGUGGGGUGAGAGGAGUCCACGUUCCUUGUGCUCUUUGCCCUGUUCCCUCCCCCUCCCUCCCUCCACCCAUCACCUCUUCAGCUCCUUAGCUGUGGCAGUGGCCACCCCAGCAGCCCUGUCACUGUCUGCACCUGGUCGUGUUGGUUCUAGUAGAACUUUCAGGAAUGGUCUCACUUCUAGAGAUUCCCCUAAACUGUACUCUCCACUAGAGGCACGAGGCUGGCUCUGCGUGUGUUUGGUUUAAACCCCACGCUGCCUCCACAGACUUAAGAAAGCUGAGGCGGAAGUUGACCCAGGCCGGCGGGCCUCGGCCAGGGUGGCUGCCGGGGCCCGUCCACCUCCCCUGGGCCUCAUUUGCUGGGGCAUCACUUUGUCCUCCCUUGAGGAGUAUUUGUUCUUCUCGUGGUUCAUCUUGUCCCUGCUCCAAGGAGAGUCCACUGCAGAUCCCCCUGUGUCCUUGGGGGAAGGGUGAGCCGCUCACUCUGACUCUGCCCAGAAACAGGCGACCCUGUGGUCACGAAGAGCGGCUUUACCUGUGGGCCGCACAGCCUGUGAUACUCAGACGCUGUCGUCACCUGUCGUGACCGUUUGUUGGAGCCAGUGUUUUCUCUCUGUGUCCACUGACCACCCAGGGAUCCCGCGAGGAGGAGUCUCUUUGGGAAGACAGGUCCUUCCCACAGUCACGCCUCAUCCUCUGCGUCCCAGGGGGAGGGUGUGGGGCCUGCUGACAGCCUCCUUAGCCAUGCUCUUCCCGCUCUUCCCUCUUAGUAGCUUUGCCCCCACCCUUUCCUUCCAUCCCACCCCUUUCCUGGCCUAGUCUUCUAACUGCUGGAAUUAGGUAGCAAAAAAAGGACAGCCGACAUGACCCUCCAGCCCCCAGCCUCGUGAUGUCCAGGACGUCAGCCUUGUGGAGCUUGUAGGGACAGCAUUCUCCUGUAGCCCUGACCAUGCCUUUGUGCUACCAUUUCCCAUGGCCGGCCCGCCCUGACUGCAAGAGCACCAGACCCACCUGGCAGGCCCAGCAGCAUCCCAGGUCUGAAUCCGGACCUCUGAGGCCAAGGCACCCCCAGCCCUGAGCAGCCGUAGCCUAGAGCAGGCGCCCUGCCCGCCUGCCCUGGAGGCCGCGGGGCUCCUCUCUGAGCCAGGGGAGGGGCAGACACCAGGCCUCACAUACUACCUCAGCACCCAGCACCCAGCAAGCACUGUGCAGCCCCAAAUUGUCCAGCGAGACGUGCACAGGGCCCAGGGUGCCUUUCGGAAACUCUUAACAAGCACUCCACCAUGCCCUGCCUGCCCAGCACAGCCAGGGCCUCGGUGGACUCUGUUCUGUGCGUCCUGUGGAACGUUCCAAGAGCGGACUGGGGCCUUUUCCUUCUUCUCUCUUAUUUAUCUCUGACUUAAACACUCCACUCCUGUACUCCAAAUGGGAGUCGAAUUGGAAAUCAGAAUUGCUCAUUUACUUGAGAGAAACCAUCUUUUUGUAUUUUUGUCAGAAGGAAUUUUUGCUUCAAAAUAAGCUCUAGAAAAUAUGCUAUUAAUUUAGCAUAGCUCAUUGAACUUGACUCUUAGGCUUUUGUUUAAAAAAAAAUCAUGGGGGCUGGGGUUGUGGCUCAGUGGUAGAGCACUUGCCUAGCAUGUGCAAGGCCCUGGGUUCAAUCCUCAGCACCACAGAAAAUAAAUAAAUAAAGAUAUUGUGUUCAACUACAACUAAAAAAUAAAUAUUUUUUAAAAAUCAUGGUAUAUGGGACAAAAGGGUAUCAUUAGCUUUAAAAAAUAAAUGCAUAACCUCUAAUAGGUAUAUUAAAACUUCCCUUUCCAACAGGGCAUCGCAAAAUUCAAGCUCUCCAUGAAAACAGAGGUCAUCUAAAUGCCACGGGUAAAUAAUUUUCUGUAGGGAAAUGCAGCAGGUGGCCUUUAGUUGAGAAAAGCACAGGCUAUUUAGCAGAACUUACUUAGUUAUCAGACGCUUUUUCUGCCCAUGGGGUCUUUUCAUUUUGGAUUCAUCUAACUCAUCUUUUGUUCAGUUCCUCCCUCCUGUACACCAUCAAGUCACCAGUGACAGAGUGAGGGUCAUUCUGUUUUGUCUCAUACAUUUGUGAAUUGUGACAGCCCUGCGUGGCCUCUCCAGAGGUGUGGGGCAGCCCUGCAGCUGGUUCUGCAGGUCAUGGGCACGCGCGGCGGGGGGGGGGGGGGUGUGCAGAACCCUCCAUGCCCCCCACUCCCUCCCUUGUGCUUGUCAACCUCACUGCAGAAGCUGCGCGGGCAGGCUGGGACAGACCUUGUGCCGUUGCAGAGUGUCACUAGUGACACAGAUGUUUGUGCCCUCUGUGAAUGAGAUGGUCCUGGUCCUCGGCCCAUGCAGCCUGGAGAUUGGCUUGCUGUCCCGGCAUUGGUCUUCUGCUAGGAGAGAAGGCCGUCCGGGAAGUUCCUUAAAACAAGAUUGUAAGUUCAGGGUGACUCCCCCGAAUUUGGGGGCUGCUGUUUGCAGGCGGUCCUCGCCCAGCAAAAUGGCCCAUUUCACUCUCACUGGCUCCUGCCUAUAUUGUCCCUGGCACCUAGUAUAUGACUGUCGCCCUGGUAAAGGACUGGCUUUUAGCACACUCUUGUCAUAUUGAUGCUUUUAAUACCAUAGGGAAAAUUCCAUAAAGACCAUUUAUAAAUGCCAAAUUAAAAAAAAAAAAAAUCAUCCUGUUAAGCCCAAAUCUGUGUGAUUGACAUGGUACAUGGUACGUGCAGAACGGUUUUCAGUUUGAAUCCUGCAGCUUUUGUCGCCUAGCAAAGGUCCAGGCUGGGAUGUCUCCUUCAGCAUGUGUUCAGACGCACGGGUACUGUGUAUAAGAAGGUACCCGGAGAGCCCUCCUACUAGAAAACAGGGAUUUGCAACGAACAUACAGAAAUGAUGUUAUAUAGGAAGUUCAAAAUAUUUGAAGGACCAGAAGGUUGCCACUUGUAAAACUGUACUCCCCAAAUUCAGUAGGAUAGUAGAGAAAUUGUGCUAACUUGAUUUCUUUGAAAUGUCACGUCAUGCAUCUUGUGGUUCAAAUGUACCAGUUUGUUCUGUGGAGUAAUUUUCUAUUCCUUUGCUGGUAUGAAAUUUAGCAAAGUUUGAAGUAAUUUUUAAUUAGUAAACUUUCUUACAAAGUUGCUUUAUGGUUUACAAGUAAUUCUGAUGCAAAAGAUCAUGUCAACUUUCUUAAGUAGCACGCACUUUGUUUACAUGCUUUGGUAUGUCGUGGGGUAACUAUGGGGUCGAUCCCUUCUCCUGAGCACAGGACCUGUGCAGUGGGGGACAUAUUGCCAUUGUGCUGUUCUCUUGUACCAAGGAUCAGUGAAAGUGUUUUAUCUUUUUUACGUAGUUUGUAAUGACUGGAUUUUAUAACUGUAAGAAAACAGAAACAGAGUGUUGUAUUUUGAUCUGAAAUUUGUGUAUGGUAAAGUAAUUUUGUUUUAUGUAUUGGAAGUUCAUUUAAAACUUGAAAUAUUUUCUAGAAGGGUACUGAACAAAAUGAAUUGUCUUUAAGCUGUUUAAUUAACCUAAUAAAACAAUUUGAUGGGGAAGGCA